AUGUCUUCUACUCAGCUCAAGAAGCUGCCGCUCCCUGUCUCCAAGGCCCAUGUUUUCUAUCGUGAGUCCGGAGCACAGUCAGCUCCAGUGGUUCUUCUUCUCCAUGGCUUCCCUUCCUCGUCGCAUCAAUAUCGUAACCUCAUCCCCAUCCUAGCCACCAAGUACCGGGUCAUUGCGCCUGACCUUCCUGGUUUUGGCUUUACUGAAUUCGAGGACGCCAAGAUCAGAGAAGGCAUCCACUACACCUUUGACACCCUGGCCACUGUGGUCCUCGAAUUUCUCGACGUCUUAUCCAUCACCAAGUUCUCCAUGUUCAUUUUCGACUAUGGCUCUCCCACGGGUCUGAGGCUAGCUCUCAAGCGUCCGCAAUCUAUCCAGGCAAUCAUCACCCAGAAUGGGAACGCGUAUGAAGACGGCCUAGGCCAAUUCUGGAGCCAGAUCCGAGAGCUUUGGGAGAGCAACAAUGACCCUAAAGUUCGGGCCAAGCUAGCGACUAGCCUACUCAGCCUCGAGGCAACCAAGUGGCAGUAUGAGGAAGGAACGAAGGGACUUGUCGCUCCAGAGGCAUAUAUGCUGGACUACGCUCUUCUCCAGCGGCCUGGGAAUGCAGAGAUUCAGCUGGAUCUAUUCUGGGACUACCAGAAUAACAUAAAGUUGUAUCCGGAGUUCCAUCGAUAUUUCCGGGAAUCUCAAGUACCUCUUCUGGCUGUUUGGGGUGAGCGGGAUCAGAUAUUUAUUCCCUCUGGGGCGGAGGCCUUCAAGCUUGAUUUGCCUAAAGCAGAGGUACAUCUUCUCGACGCUGGUCACUUUGCUGCUGAGACGGAGACGGCGGAAAUUGGUGCAUUGGUUCUAGACUUUUUGGCCCGGAAUAACAUCUGA